AUGCCUGCACCUCUCCUCCACCCUGUUCUCGAGCCAUAUCCCCGAACCUCUCUGCCCUUGCUGCUGCUCCUGCCGCCGCCGCCGCUGCUGCUGCUGCCACUGCUGCCAUCUGCUGCUGCCUCUGCGGCCACCACCACCACCUCCUCCUCCUCCUCCUCCAACCACCUCCUCCUCCAACCACCUCCUCCUCCACCCUCUCCAAUUCCACCCCCUCUCCCACUUCCCGGCGCCCCAUGCUGCUCACACUGCUGUCCCUUCUGCGAGUGCGCUGCAUGCGACACUGACGCCGAGGUCUGCCAGCCCCUGCGUCUGCGCCUGCUCCGAACCACCCUCUCCGUCUCCUACCACCACUACUACUACCGCUACCACCACUACCACUGCCGCUACUACCGCCAUCACCACCGCCGCCAUCACUGCUACCGCCGCCCACCCUCGUUUCCACGCCCCCCAGACGGCGCUCCUCGUCGGGCCCUCCUGUAA